AUGUCCCAAUACACCCACCAUAUCGCCAUACUAGGCGCUGGCACAAUCGGUCUCUCAACGACAGCCAUGCAUCUUCGUCGUCCCGAUACAACCGUCACCAUCUUCGACCCUAGACCCGAUGCCGAAGCACAAAUCCACGCCCAACUCCCCUCUUUCCUCGAUGAUCCCACAAUCAUCACUGCCCCCAGCAUGAUGAACACCGAGACCAACCUCAACAAUCCCGAUGUCCCGGUCCCAUCGCCGCACCAAUCUCGUCCCCAUCCCCAUCUUCGCCUCCGUCUGGCAACCUCAAUCCAAGACGCCGUCCAAAACGCAACCAUCGUCCAAGAACAGACGCCCGAACUCCUCUCGUCAAAACAGUCCCUCUGGCAAGAGGUCUCGCGGUUCGCAAGUCCCACGGCCCAUUUGUGGAGUAGUUCGUCGGGAAUUCCGGCGUCCGCACAGGCGCAGACCUGUUGUCCGUCUGAUCGGGGAGAUGUCCGGACGCGAUUACUCGUCGUUCACCCGUUCAAUCCGCCGCAUGUGAUGCCUCUGGUGGAAAUAGUGCCUGGUCCAUUGACGAGCGCGGAGAGAGUUCGGUUUGCAGAAGAGUAUUUCAGGGAGAUCCCGGCGCCUGUCGGGGUUGACUCGGUAUUGCCGUCCUCGUCAUCGUCGCCGUCACCGUCACCGUCACCGUCAUUUUAUCGCCCGGUGACUCUACAGAAAGAAAUCCCCGGCUUCGUGGGCAACAGACUUGCUUUUGCGCUACUGCGAGAGGCAUGUCACUUGGUCGGUGAAGGGGUGGUCACGGCGCAGGAUCUGGAUACCAUUGUGACGUCGAGCUUGGGCCCGCGCUGGGCAGGCAGCGGUGUCUUUGAGAGUUAUCAUGCAGGGGGCGGGCCCGGGGGCAUCGGUGCCUUUUUGGACAAAUUGGCGCCGACGAUUCGUGAUGUGUGGGCGCAACUGGGCACGCCGGUGACCCCUGCAGAAGAGGAACGCGGCCAGACGCGGCAAAAUGGCGGUGACUCGGUGGACAAGGGGGAUGGGAAAUGGCGACAGAUGGUGGUGACGCAGACUGAACAGGCGUAUGGCCUGGAAGUCUCAGAGGAUACGAGGGCGCGCAAGGAGAAGAUGCUGAAAGGGGUUCUGGAACUGCAGCAGAGAAACCUGCAAGAAGAAUAG